AUGGGUGGAUCACGAUGGACUAAGUUUUUGCUAGGCGCACUCUUAGUGCUGGGCACUACUUCUGCAGCCCCUCUUAGAGUGGAGAAAAACGAUAAUAUGAAGCAGGUCCGACGGAAUGGCCAGCUACUAGAACGAGAACUUCCUUCAAUCGUGUAUGGAACGAAGAUACCCGACGAAGGUGUUCCGACAAUUACGACGGAAAUAAUCGAGCCUACCACUGACGCUGUUGCGCAGCCUAUUAUAACUACUGAAGAAGAGAUAGCACCUGAGACUACAUCGACAGAAGAUUAUUUGGAGCCAACUUCAACAUUCUCUUCUACACAGACAACUGAGGAAAUUAUAACGACCACAGAUCCAGUUAUAACCCAAGAUCCAGAGCCAACUUCUACUGCAGAGGAGACUACUGAAGAGCCAAGGACUACUGAGGGGGCAAUUACGACUGAAGAACCAAGUCCUAUUGAGGAACCAACCACUACUGAAGAAGUUGCACCAACUACAACAACCGAGAUCUCUACAACUCUAACUACACAACAGCCGAGCUCUUCUACUUUGGGAACCGAGACAUCUUCUGAGCUGCUCGAAACCACGGUUGAAACGGCUAGCUCUACGAAGUCUGAGGCUCUUUAUGGGCCUACCAUGACAUCUCAAAGCUCUAUUCUCACCACUAUCACUACUGAUGAACUCAAAGCCACUUCAACAAAUGCGAAGGAUUCAGAAACAUCAACAGCGCAAUAUGAAAUGCCCCCAACAAUCGAGACUACCAGUUCAUCAACUACAAGUUCUGACGUGGUCCCGACUGAUUUGUUCACUGAAUCUGGUUUCAAAACAAUCGAGUCCCCAACUUCUUCAUCUACACUGGCAGAGCCAGUUCAAACUAGUUCGACAACUGAGGAUAGUCCGGAGACUACUAGCAUAGAUGCUCUCCCAACAGAUUUACUCACCGAGCCUGGAUUUACGACAAUCGCGCCUCCAACUUUAUCUACAUCGGUGAAAGUUAUCCCAACCACUACAGAAACGACUGAGAACCAAAAGACUACUAGCACGAGCUCUUCCAUUGAGGCUACGACGUCUGAAUCCUCGACUGAGCAGGCGUAUCCAACUGACCUGUGUGGUGAGUUGAACCAACCUGACUGCCCAGAUGAAACAACAGGAACGCAGACGUCACAUGUUCCAACGACCUCAGCUGGGCAAGCAUAUCCAACCGACUUGUGCGGCGGGUUGAAUCAACCAGACUGUCCAGACGCAACGAGCGAUACUAGCAGUGAGAUGGCACCAAGUACAAUUUCUGAAGUAAUCAGUCCCACGACGGAGAUAGAUAGUGUCACUACCGGUACGAAGGCUUCUGCCACGUCUAGUAUAGAAAGUACUUCGUCGAUAGAAGAAACUAUAACAUCAGAGCCUGUCGUGCCUACUGGGACUCCGGGCUUUGGUCCAGGAUUCAGUUUUAUCACGCCGCCGUUCUCGAGCACCACAGGCACUUCUGAAGAUCUCACUGAAACGACGAGUUUUACGACCGCCCUCGAGCCGACGACAGUUCUAUCUACGGUGAGAUUGACUACCUUGGAGACUGUCAGUUCGAGAACUACCACAAAAUAUGACACAGUCAUUCUUCCGCCCCCGGCACCACCCGUUCCUUCGGAGGCCUCGACAUCAUCAGAAGUUCCAGCCACUACAAGCAUUCCUGAGUACGCGGCUCCGACCACAGAGGCCUCUAGUCCUAAUCCGGUUCCAUCUCAGGGAGGAGGAGGGCCUGACAUUGUUUUGCCCUCUUCAACCUCAGAUAUCCUUAAUCCAACCCCAACAGAAGUAGUCGGAACUCCUACUGAAGUUGUACCAUUACCAACUUCUGAAUAUGCGGCCCCUACUACCGGAGUCCAGGGUCCUACCGCAGCUCCAUCUCAAGAAGGGCCUGGGGGGCCAGAUAUUAUUUUACCUUCUUCAACACCAGACUCUGUUGUUCCGGACCCAAGUGAAGCACCUGGGGCUCCUAGCGAAAUUGCCCCACUGCCGACUUCUGAGGUCGCUCCUCCAGCACCAACUACUGAAGUUCUCGAUCCCACCCCAGUACCAUCUCAAGGAGGUCCUGGAGGCCCGGAUCUCAUUUUACCCUCUUCAGCUCCGGAUUAUGCGAUACCAGAUCCAAGCGAAACCCCAUUACCUACUUCCGAGGCUGUUCCUCCCGUACAGACCUCAGAAGUUGUUCCAUCAACAACUGAGCAAGUCCUUAUUCCAACUGAAGUAUCUCCAGAGCCCACUCAAUAUCUCCCAACUGGGAAUCCCGGGUCUCCUCCUGAUUUGAUUGUCCCAUCUACUGCAACCUACAGCUUUGGUACUGAGCCCGCUGGUGGUAGUCAGGAGACGGUGACCUCAACCUUGGAACUACCAACAAGUUUCACUACAGAAACUUCUUUGACUACAAUUGGCACAUCUACACCGACCCCGGAAUCUUCUACGAUUUUUGUUACACAAACCUCCUUCGUAGUAAUUAGUACUGAUACGCGUACUGCUAUUGUAACACUAUCUACUGGCCCAGCUGAGGUUGUCCCUACGCCGAUAACACAACUUUCUACCGUGUAUGUCACGCUUCCGGCGGAAACGGUUACCGUGUAUCCAAGCACUACGCCUGAUACCCCGGUGGUAUCGACAUCCGUACUAGGACCUGUUCAAACGACCGCACAGACUAGCUAUCCCCCAGAUCUCGUAGUGCCAUCUUCUGGCCCAGCGCCGACACAAGAGAUUAUACAUACUAAGUCGACUGUUCUUGAAUACUUUACAGUCACAAACACCCAGCAUCUUAUAGUCACCCAAUACAGCACUAUCUUUGCUAUACCAGCACCGCCAGCGCAAGAAACAGCAAUCCCAGCGCCAACAGAUGCUACUGCUAUUAUCACAGUAUCUGAAACCGCAACAGUUAGUGCAAGUGUCCCUUACCCACCUGCUCCAUCAGAUUUCGGCAACGUCAUUUCAGUGACUCUCACAGCCACCUAUCCUGUGCCACUGAUCCCGUACCCGGUUAUGGCCCCAAAUCCUGAAUCUGAAUCGGACCAGCCUUCAUCAGCUGUUGCACCAGAGAAUCCUCUUCGAACCGGGUUUAUUAUCACACCUCGUGGUAAUGGAUUGGCUCCUGAAGAGUUAUCAACUACACUGUCGAAAGCCGUAAAGACUGUAGAUGAUAGGCAGUAUGCUCCUACAGCGGUUGCCAACGUCAAACGGACAGUGAUCCAGCCUUUGGAAGUUAGGAGUGCUGCAUCGUACACCAUCGUUGGAUCUCGGUGCGCAUUCCCUAUGAUGGUCAUAGCCAUUGUUGCAUAUCUAAAUUUGUUCCUAUGA